CAGUGCAAAGUAAACACCAGGCAUUUCACGGCUCAGUCCAUAUCUGCAGCAACUCGGAACGUUCAUAUUCGUUUGUUCAUAUACACGCAGGUAGAGUCGGAAUAUUAUUCUGCAUGCGACGAAUGGUGCCAAUAUUUCGUCGCCAUCCGUGCUUGUAAUCUUGUAGAGGAUAUCUCGUCUACUGAAGAUGGCAAACGAACAGACUAAAGAAGAGACUUAUGCUUAUUACUACCACACGAAUUACAUCAGAAAUGCCCGUGCCAUCGCCAUCGCCUGGGCCAUUUUUACCCUCUGCUUCUUCAUCAUAGUUUUGGUGGUGUUUGUUCAGCCAUACUGGCUCGGGGACGGACCCAAUGCCAAUGGAAUAGGGAACUUUGGACUAUAUCGAUACUGCACGAGUUACAGUACGACAGGUGCUGAGCCAACAACAUGCGAGGGAGGGGUGUUUGAUUUCUCCGGUGUGAGGGGGGCUGAUGGUUUAGUGGUAUCAUCAAUGGUUGCAGCCACUGUCUUCGUAGGUCUUGCUGUUAUUUUCGUGGCCUUAUCCAUUAUUUCCAUGCUCCUCUUUCUCUGUAAAGGCCCAUUCAAGACGGGUACAGUGUUCGCCAUUUGCGGAGUUUUCCAGUUACUUUCAGGCAUCUGUCUACUCCUUGGAAUUCUUAUAUAUCCAAGUGGCUGGAGUCAACACUCUGCCUAUAAAGCUCUUUGUCAGGAUUCUAUCAGUUAUACAGACACCAAGGGAUGUGAAUUACGAUGGGUCUUCUUCCUGGCCAUCAUCGCUGUCUUUGAUGCCUUUAUAUUGGCCAUACUAGCCUUCAUCCUUGCCAGUAAGCAAGGCAAACUCUACAUGGACAUGCACUUCUCUGACUACUACAAGAAUGGCAAAAGUAAUGGUGUCCAGCCAAAACCGAAGAAGCAUGGAACAGUCAACUCUACCAUCUUCAACACCUACCCAGCUGUGCGUGAGAACAACCGACCCCGCAUCAACGGAUCAGCAAGCAGAGACAACACGGAUGGAACCAACAGCAUCCCAAGGGUUGAAGAUGAUCUUUACGCUCAGCGUUAAGAGGUGGAUCGGACUCCCAUGUUGUCAGCCAGCAGGUUACACCUGACAACUCGAGAUCAAGAUUUGUCACCUAAUAUCUCGUGACUGAUGUCGUCAGAACAGAUUCCAAGCCCUUUAGAUAUACUUUGAAGAAUCAUCAUAUAUGUAAUUCUGUGAGAUGGUGUUGAAUAUGCAAGGAUGAUUAAAAUAAAAUAAUAAAAGUGUAGGCUUUGUGGAGAUUGCACUAUACUUAAAGAACUAUAGUCUUCUACAAUAUGCUUGCCAUGUAUUAUCAUGUAAAUAGUGUAAGUGUUAAAAUGAAGGGCAAGUUCAAGUGCAUUUUAAUAAAGAAAAAUAAUGUUAGCCAUGCAUCGACAUCGAAUAUACCAUUUCGAUUCAUAUUUUAGUCUUAUUAGCUACAAAUCACAUUUAAAAUGUUUUUUUAAGGUUAUAUUACAUCUCAUAUAUAAUCAGGAACGAAUGCAAUUAAUUGAUUAUUAUAAUUAAUUUAAUUAACCAUAAUAAUUAUCCAGUAUGACUCUUUUAAUAUACAGGUUGUUAGAAAAAAGUGGUGAUUGAAAAAAAAAAUAUUGUCCAUGAUUAAACCAUAAAAUAUUGUAAUCAUAUUAUUCAGAUAAAGAACAUGUUUAUAAGACGUGUUUUGUUAAUACAGACUUUUGUUCUUACGAUUAUACAGUACGGCUGCAAUGAUCAUGUUAUCAUGUUUAUAUGGUACUUGACAAAACGGAGGAAAGUAGGACCAUUUAGAGAGAAAAAAGUUUUCUUAUGUCACUAGAUCGAAGGUGUAAGUUAAAAAAAUGUGUAAAAACUGUAUUAUCUAAAUGUAUUUGCUGAAAUUUAUAUAAUAUAUAUCACAUGCACUGUGUAUUGGUUAUACCGAGGACCAUUUACAUAAAUUAUAUAGAGACGAAGAUGUGCCUAUUUUAUAAUUCUGUUAUUAGUGAGCACGUUUCAUUUCUUCACGUAUAUUCAAUUGUUUUCGUAAAUUCUAAUGCUGUAUAAUAUUUUUUUAUACUCUAAGAUUGUUUUGUAAUUCACAAUGUUAAGAUAUUACCGUUAAAUUAUUGUGUAUAUUUUGUUUUGUUUGUCUUCAUAUAUUCAUCAACACAACAGGUUGAUUUUGACAGAGUAAAACUUAAUGAGAUAAGCAUGUCGCAGAAAAUUUAUUUAUUCAAUGGUUAGAGUGGACUCAGCUAUUAUUAUAUACACAGCCCGGAAAACAGCUGGUAGACUAGUAGUUCUCUUUCCAUAACCUCUCUUUUAGCGAUUUAUUAUUUUCUUUGUUUUCCGAUAAUAGAGCACAAUUCAUGAUUUACCGAUGUGCCGGAAGGCCCAGAACGGGGGCUUUCUGUUCCAUUAAUUUUUCUUUGAUUCCCAUGGGGUCUGUAUGAAUACAAUUCACGUGAAUUUAGAGGGAAAUGAAAAACUUUAAAUGUUCGUAGCCUUAUCUAUUAUUAUGUGCUUUAUUGAUGCUCGAAGACCCCUAUAGAAAUAUUAUCUCGAUAGGAAUUUAAGAGGGGUUUUAAAGAACAAAGGUUGGUCCUUAUAUUCUGCCUCCGCCUAUUUACAAUGAUAACUCACAUGAUUACGGAAUUAUAAUGAUACACACACUUCAAUAAAAUAUAUACCUUAAAAUCUAUCUUAUUAUGUACAUGUACAAACAUUGGGGAAACCCAGUUCUUAAUGAGAAGAAGUUAGGGUCUAAAGAGUACGACAAAACUGUACAUUAAAUAAAUGUUUUGCUAAGUGAUAAGGGGAUUGAUUGUUCAUAAUGCAGUAAGAUUUCAAUUUCAUUUAGCAUGUAGUAUAUAUUUUUUCAGUGAAAAUCACUUGAAUUUCAUGAAUUGUUCCCCAGAUUAUAUUGUAGAAAUAGAGUAGGUUGUAUCAGAAUAUAAAAUAAACAUAAUAACGAUCAUGAAAUAGUGUGCACCAAAAUUGAUCCUUCGUAUAUAUAUAUUCAUGUAAUAAUUUUUCAACUGAAUGUCUAAGCUCACAGUUCAAGUAUAGUGUAAAUAAUUCAUAUUCUUUAUGUAAAGUUCAAUUGGUUGCAUAGGGGUUUUAGCCGUUUUAUUUCUUUUUGAUAUGGACCAUGAACAGUAAUAUAACCUCGCCUUCUAUCUACUCAUUAGUUUGCUGGGGGAAAUGUCGUGCCUCCAAUAAAACAUUUGUUACCCUCAUAUUUCAUGGUAUUUUCUUGGUCGACAAUAGCUUCAUUGUAUGUACACGUUCAAUGAAAACUGUAAUCCAAUUCGAUACCUGAUAUAUUUCUUCCCUUUCUUCACAUCAAUCUAAACCCUAUCGAGCAGCAAUCUCAAGAAUGGAAUGACGUGCAAACCAUUUAUUAACCAACGACCUGCUUGUACUUUUUAUACACACGUGUAAUGUAUAUAUUUAAAAAAUAUAUUUAUCAAGGAUAGAUUGUGAUGUAGAAAUUUCACAUUAUUGAGAAAUAAAAUUUCAGAAAGUUUGAUGCUUUGUAAA